AUCCAACCAUUCUGCCCUGAUAACGACCUCUCUCAUCAUCUUCACACGACUUCCAUCAUCUAAUUAUUGCUUCGUAUCAUUUUCGUAAACAUCACAACAUACAACAACCCAUCGCAUCUCGCGAGAUAACACCGCGCGAUGAGAUUCUCUACCGUCACCGCAUGUCUGACGGCAUGCCUGGCCCCAGCGGCUGCUCUGAGCGUUCUCAAUGGCAAGGCUCCCGAUGUUACCAUCAGCGACGACCUCAAGAUUCCUGGCGACUCUCCCCUCGAACUGUGUCCCGGAGACCAUACUGCCGACCUGAUCCGGAUUGACAAGGUCGACCUUGCUCCUAACCCUCCCAAAGCUGGCCAGGAACUCUUGAUCAAGGCAAAGGGAGUGGUCAAACAGAAGAUUGAGCAGGACGCCUAUGUUCUCUUGACUGUCAAGUAUGGCCUUAUUCGUCUUAUUAGCACCAAGGCCGAUCUUUGCGAGCAGAUUGGCAAUGUCGACCUGAAGUGUCCAGUCGAGGCUGGUGAAGUCGAGAUCACCAAGACCGUAGACCUUCCUGCUGAGAUCCCUCCCGGCAAAUACACCGUUCUGGCCGACGUCUUCACCGCCGAUGAUGUUCAAAUUACCUGCCUCACAGCAACUGUCACUUUCUCUCGUAGCAGCAAGGGCUUCUUUGGCAGCGAUCUGUAAUUGACAUUAUGGCGCAUUCAUAACAUACAUAUGAUGGCAUGAAUUACCGUUGGGCACGUUCUCAUGGGUUUCUCGGUUAAACGUUUGGUUUGGCGAAGUUUCUUGCUCUUCCUGAGCAACCUGCAGCGGCUUUAGAUCUAUUUAGCAUAUCUGAUAAUGAGUCCAUUG